UCAAGUUUGUGAGGUUAACAUGGCAUUGUUGUGUUGUUGUUUAAAAUUUAAAUAAAAUAAGCUCAGUCACCAAAAGUUCCUUUUAAAUUUUCACACAUUCUCACAAGAUAAUCGAAACUUUCUGCCACAACACACCAAAAACCAUCAAGAUGCAGAACAACAAUGCCCGUGAAAGAACUGGUUACCAACAAGUGAUGAGCAUCCGCGAAAAGGAGAAAUACAUAGAAAAUUUCAAUUUCCCCUUCUGCGAUGAAUCGUCGAAAUACGAGAAAGUUGCCAAAAUUGGGCAAGGAACUUUUGGGGAAGUGUUCAAAGCCAAAGACAGACGAAACUCAUCGAAAUUCGUGGCCAUGAAGAAAGUUCUGAUGGACAACGAAAAAGAAGGCUUCCCCAUAACAGCACUGCGAGAAAUCCGUAUCCUGCAACUGUUGAAACACGAAAACGUCGUUAACCUGAUAGAAAUAUGCCGUACAAAAGCCACUCAAAACAAUAGAUAUAGGUCAACAUUUUAUCUAGUAUUUGAAUUCUGUGAACAUGAUUUAGCCGGACUCUUAUCAAAUGUGAAUGUGAAAUUCAGUUUAGGUGAAAUUAAAAAAGUGGUGCAACAACUACUCAAUGGACUGUAUUACAUACACAGCAACAAAAUCCUGCACAGAGACAUGAAAGCUGCCAACGUGCUCAUAACAAAAAAUGGUGUGCUCAAGCUGGCUGAUUUCGGACUGGCCAGAGCUUUUAGUACUAAUAAAAGUGGAAUGCCAAAUAGAUUUACGAAUCGUGUGGUAACCUUGUGGUACCGGCCUCCGGAACUGUUGCUGGGCGAAAGGAACUAUGGUCCGCCGGUCGACCUGUGGGGCGCGGGCUGCAUCAUGGCCGAAAUGUGGACCAGAUCCCCAAUAAUGCAGGGAAACAGUGAGCAGCAACAACUGACGUUGAUCUCGCAGCUGUGCGGUUCGAUCACGCCGGCAGUGUGGCCCGACGUGGAGAACCUGGAGUUGUACAGGACGAUGGACUUGCCGCAGCAGCAGAAGAGGAAGGUGAAGGAAAGACUGAAACCGUACAUGAAGGACCCGUACGCCUGCGACCUGCUCGACAAGCUGCUGGUCCUGGAUCCGUCCAGACGUGCGGAUUCGGACACGGCUCUGAAUCAUGACUUCUUCUGGACGGAUCCGAUGCCCUGCGAUUUGGGUAAAAUGCUGGCCAGUCACACGACCAGCAUGUUCGAGUUCUUGGCGCCGCCGAGACGCUCCACUCAAAUGCGCCACCACUCGUUGCCCAGGCCUACCGCCUCCGCUGUGCAGGAUGGAGGCUACCAAGACAGGGUUUUCUAGUUAAAGUAUUGAGUUCUUGGUUGUUUUUAUAUUGAGUUUUACUUGGAGAUUUUUACUUAAAAAGGUUAUAUCCCAAGCUUGGAGCGAAAUAAUAACUAAUUAAUAAUUAGUCAUUGUUGUUGGGGGAAGUUUUAAAAAAAGACAUAAUGUCCUACAAUAUAAGAUGUGUAAAUAAAAGAUCCGUUGUACAUACUCCUAAAAUAAAGAUAUAGGUUUUGUUAA